CCCCAUGCUCAUGUCUUAUUUUUCCUGGAUUCCUGCCUACCUUGACUCAAAGUUUUUCAGAGGAGGAUCCAAUGCCCUUAGUAAUUUGCCACCUAUGGCAAGAGGUAUCUAAGGAGGGACAGGAGGAGUUUGAAUGUCUCUUUUUUUUAUAGCGAGUAGCAGUGAAACGUGGACCGUUACUAGUUGAAACACACUCCCUCUCCCCCUCUCUCUCUCUUUUGUUCCAAAAUCAGCCCUGCUGCUGCUGCUGUUCUGCUGCCACUGCUGGAAACGAACCUGAUAUACCAACUCCAGGAAUUCUGAGUUCUUCUUGGGGAAAAUAAAGCAAAAUUACAUUCACAAAACAAAAGCAGGAACUCCCAUUUGGAGGCUGUCAAGAAGACCCACAGUGAUUGCAAAAAGUUGCAACUUCUUCUUAAACACACACACACAUACAAGAAUCUUACUGCUCUGCCAGGUGUAUGGAACUUAAAUUCUUGAAGCACUGAAUUGUUAAAGGUAAACUAUGACCACUUUGCUACUAGUAUUUGUGAGUUUGCGAGUCAUCAUUGCAGCCAGCUCUGUGGAAGUUUUAGAUCAUGAGGCCACACUGAGUGUGAGCAUACCUUUACAUUCCCCCUUGUGUGUCCCCCUGGGGCACACUCUGACCAUCCCCUGUUACUACAUUGACACACUGGAGCACGUGACCACAUCACCUUCUACCGCCCCCCUGUCCCCAAGAAUCAAAUGGAGCAGACUCUCUGAAGGAAAGUCAGUGGUCUUGUUGGUGGCCAUAGAUGGGCAUGUCAGAAUCAACACUGCAUACCAGGAGGUGGUUUCUCUACCCAACUACCCUGCCAUACCUACUGAUGCCACCCUGGAAAUCAAGGCGCUUCGAUCCAAUGAUACUGGGAUCUAUCGGUGUGAGGUGAUUCAUGGCAUCGAGGACAGCCAUGAUACAGUAGAGGUGAAGGUGAAAGGCAUCGUGUUCCAUUACAGAGCCAUCUCUACCCGAUACACUUUGGACUUUGAGAAGGCCAAACAGGCGUGCAUCCAGAACAGCGCUGUCAUUGCAACCCCUGAGCAGUUGCAGGCUGCCUAUGAGGAUGGCUUUGACCAGUGUGAUGCUGGCUGGCUGGCAGAUCAGACUGUCAGGUAUCCAAUGCACCAUCCCCGAGAAGGUUGUUAUGGAGACAAGGAUGAAUUUCCUGGUGUAAGAACAUACGGCAUUCGUGAAACAGAUGAGAUGUAUGAUGUGUAUUGUUACGCAGAGGAAAUGGAAGGUAAAGUCUUCUAUGCCACCUCCCCAGAGAAGUUCACCUUCCCAGAAGCAGCAGAGAAAUGUCACCGUCUUGGUGCCCGUUUGGCAACUACAGGAGAACUCUAUCUGGCCUGGAAAGAUGGCAUGGAUGUCUGCAGUGCUGGCUGGCUGGCAGACCGCAGUGUCCGGUACCCCAUUUCUAAGGCACGUCCCAACUGUGGUGGCAACCUGGUGGGAGUACGAACUGUGUACCUCUAUGAUAAUCAGACAGGAUAUCCUCACCCCCAUUCUCGCUAUGAUGCCAUCUGCUACUCUGGUGAUGACUUUGAAACAAUCAUCCAUGAGAACCUCACUGAUGAGACAAUGGGUGAAUUGGGCAGCGGUUUCACCAUCCAGACAGUCACCCAGACAGAUGUGGAGCUGUACUUCCCACGCAAUGUCACAGAGGAGGAAGCCCGGGGCAGCAUUGCAACGUUGGAACCAAUAGACUUUACAGCCACUGCUUCAGAGCUAGAUGAAGGCUUCACAGCAACUCCGGAUCUCUUUGCUACUGACUUCAUUGAUGAGGCAGAGAACAGGACUGAGGUGGGAAUUUGGGAGAGUCUAGAAAAUGCCACCGUCUCAGUGCUGGACACUCUUUUCACCACUGAUACUCCAGACGUGAGCUCAGUGGAAGAGACCUUGUGGGCUACUGCAACACCACCAGUGGAGUCUGCUUUUCCAUUUACAGUAGAGGAUCAGAUUGUGCCAGGGACAGUUGCUCCUGACAUUGGACACAUCCCCGGGCAGCCCAUGCCAUCCACAGGCACCGUCUUUCAUUACCGACCAUCCACUGAUAGAUAUUCCCUAACCUUUGUCAAAGCCCAACAAGCUUGCCUGGAUAAUAACGCUGUUAUAGCCACUCCCGAACAACUGCAGGCUGCCUAUGAGGAUGGUUAUGAUCAGUGUGAUGCCGGCUGGCUGAGGGACCAGACUGUCAGAUACCCCAUUGUCUUUCCACGGAGCAAAUGUGAAGGAGACAAGGAUGAUGUCCCAGGAGUGCGGACAUAUGGCAUGCGCCCGGCAUCAGAGAUGUUUGAUGUGUACUGCUAUGUUGACAAACUAAAUGGUGAGGUCUUUUUCGCCACCCAACCAGAACGAUUCACCUUCCUGGAAGCUCAGGAACACUGUGAGAGCCAGAAUGCUACCCUGGCUUCCACCGGACAACUCUAUGCUGCCUGGAAACUGGGCCUAGACAACUGCCGUGCUGGCUGGCUGGCUGAUGGCAGCCUCCGCUAUCCCAUCCUGCACCCACGUCCUGCUUGUGGGGGGGACAAACCCGGUGUGAGAACCACUUAUUUGCACCCCAAUCAGACAGGAUUCCCAGACCCACAAUCAAGGCACCAUGCCUUUUGCUUCAGAGCUCUACCUUCUCUGUAUGAGGACUUUGAGGAGGAUCUAAUUGCAACCCAAGUGGUCCCUGGGGUUGAGGAGGUCCCUUCUGGGGAAGAGACAACUGUGGAAAUGGAGUUUGCCACUGAUUCUGAAAAUCAGACUGAGUGGGGAACGGAGGUAUUUCCAACCAACAUCUCAUUGAUAUAUGCGAGUCCAUCAGCUGUUUCUCCUGUUGACAUUGAUGAAAUAAGUGCAGAAGUUCCCAUCACGGAGACAACUGCUGGCUGGACAUCAGGAGCUCCAGAUACUAGUGGGAUGUUUGAACCUAGUGGGGAAAGUGGAUUUCCCUCUGGAACCCCAGAUUUCAGUGGAUUUCCUUCUGGAGAAAGUGGGCUACCAUCAGGAGACUCAAGUGGCCUGCCUUCUGGUAUUAUUGAAGUCAGCAUUCUACCUUCCGGAGAUCAAGAAUUAUCAGGGAUUGGUUCUGGAAUCCCAGACCACAGGGAAAUAAUCCCUGGACUUCAAGAAGGCAAAGGGAUUCCAGAAAUCAGUGGGCUGGGUUCCGGUGUGGACUUUUUCAGUGGCUUACCAUCUGGAGAGUUUGAUUACAGUGGUCAUACAUCUGGAUUUCCAACUGUGUCUCUUGUGAAUGCCACAUUGGUGGAAGUUGUAACCACAGAGACAGAAAAGGAAGUGGAAGGAAAAGGAACAAUUGUGAUCAGCAGAGAUGGAGACUUAUCAGGUUUGCCUUCCACCGAGUGGGAUAUUAGUGGGAUAACCAGUGGGUUACCUUCGGGAGAUGACAUCAGUGGAAUACCUGAUAUCAGUGGAUUUUCAUCAGGACUCGAUAUCAGCGGAGAACUGUCUGGGAUACCUGAUAUAAGUGGAUUACCAUCGGGAUUUGAUACUGAUGGACAACCAUCUGGUCUACCAGAUAUCAGUGGACUAUCCUCAGGAACUUACCUUGGCGGAAUCCCAUUGGGGAUACCUGAUACAAGUGGCUUUGUGGACUUAAGUGGUCAGGGUUCAGAUGUUGAUGGAAGUGGUGAGCCUUCUGGGGUUACCUUCAUUGGUACUGAUUUAUUUGAAAUUACAACCCCUUCUACUAAAGAAGAAGAAGGGAAAGGGUUUGUGGAAGUAAGUGGCUUGCCUUCAGGAGAUGAGGAUUUAUCUGGCACACUGUCAGGAAUUUUGGACAUAAGUGGUCAGACAUCUGGCCAAAUAGACUUCAGUGGUUGGACUUCAGGUACUCAUGAAAUUGGUGGACUUCCAAGUGGACUAACAGACAUUAGUGGAGAAAGUUCUGGUGUUGGUCAGACCAGUGGCCUGCCAUCUGGAAUUUAUGACUAUAGUGGACUUCCAUCUGGAUUUCCUACCAUCUCUCUUGUGGAUACAACUUUGGUGGAAGUCGCAACUCAGCCUUCUGUUGCACAGGAAGCAGGAGGAACAUCUGGAACAUUAGAAUUUAGUGGGUUCCCUUCUGGGGAAAUAUCAGGUGAACUGUAUGAUGUGACAACCGUUAGUGGACUGCCAUCAGGGGCUGUUGACAUCAGUGAGGCAUCAUCGGGAAUUCCAUAUUUUAGUGGAGAAAUUGCUGGCAUCACUGACCUAAGUGGAGAGCCCUCAGCUGUAGCUGGAACUAGUGGUGAAACUUCUGGAAUUCCAGAAGUCACUUUAAUAAGUUCUGAUUUAGUGGAGGCUGUGACAGAACCAACAGUUUCACAGGAACUGGCUGGCGGGAGAGAAGCAUUGCAUCCCCAUUUUUCUGGAUCAAGUGGGGAUGCCUUCACAUCUAGUGGAGAGGCUUCUGCAUAUUCUGAAAGUACCAUUAAAACCCCUGAAUAUCAUGAUGUUAUUGAUGAAACAUCUACAUUUCAUGAAGGUAGUGUAGAAACUUCUACUAUUCAUGAAAUCAGUGGAGGAGCAUCAGUGUUGCCUGAACACCACCCAGAAACAUCAACCUUUUUGGAGACAGAUAGUGAAGCAUCUGCAUUACCCCAAAGUCACCCAGAAACAUCUGGGGUGCCUUUUAUCAGUGGCUUGUCCUCUGGACAAUAUGAAGUAAGAAGUCAGAUUCAUGGGGAUAGCUCAGGGCCACCCCCUCAUCCUGCCUCAGAUGGCCCAGAGGAAACCUUUUUGCCAGACAUUCUACUCAGCACUAGUGACCCGGAUUCUGAACCAACUGAAUAUUCCAAGCGUCCAGAAGAGACCCAAGUUGAAACAGAGGCUUAUACACAUAUACUGUCUGAAACAGAAGAAGCUGCUGCUCCAGAGGUUCCCCUUACUCCUCCCACAGCUACAGAUGUCCUGCCUGAAGUAUCACCAGAGGUGGUAGGGCCUACAGCAGAAGGCACACCCAAGACAUGUGAAGAAAGGCCGUGUGGGGCUGGUACCUGCCAGGAACAAGAUGGGCACAUCACUUGCUUGUGCCCAUCUGGGUAUAUGGGCGAUCACUGUGAUAUAGACACUGAUGAGUGCCACUCCAGCCCCUGUCUGAAUGGAGCUACCUGCGUCGAUGGCAUCCACACUUUCAAAUGCUUAUGCCUUCCCAGCUACGGAGGGGACCUCUGUGACAUCGAUCUGGCAGAAUGUGAAGUGGGCUGGACCAAAUUCCAAGGCAACUGCUACAAAUAUUUUGAAGAGAGACACACAUGGGUGGAUGCUGAAAACCUCUGCCGUGAACACCAGUCCCAUCUGAGUAGCAUCAUCACUCCAGAGGAACAGGAAUUUGUGAACAACAAUGCCCAGGACUACCAAUGGAUUGGCCUCAGUGACAGGGCUGUUGAACAUGACUUCCGGUGGUCUGAUGGACACUCCCUGCAAUACGAGAACUGGCGACCCAACCAACCGGAUAAUUUCUUUGCCACAGGAGAAGAUUGCGUGGUAAUGAUCUGGCACGAGAAAGGCGAGUGGAAUGAUGUGCCCUGCAACUAUCAUCUCCCAUUCACCUGCAAGAAAGGAACAGUUGCCUGCAGUCAUCCACCUGUGGUAGAGAAUGCAAGGCACUUUGGUAAGAAGAAGGACCGCUACGAGAUCAACUCCAUGGUGCGGUACCAGUGCAACCAGGGCUACCUACAGCGCCACGUGCCCACAGUUCGGUGUCAACCCAACGGACAGUGGGAAGAGCCACGGAUAGCCUGUAUAGAUCCCUCCACCUACAAACGUAGACUACACAAGAGAAGCCCACGGUCUCGGUCAAGGACCAAUCGAGGAAUGGCACAGAGUACCACCCAUUAAAGAAAGGAGAGCAAGAGAUGAGAGAGAUUUUAUGGAACAGUUAUAUUAACAGAACCAAUUUCUUCUCAUUGCUUUUUUUGUUGUUGUUAUAUAAGGAAAAAAAUUAUAUUAAAAAAAAUCCACCUUGUGUAUAUGUAAAAAAAAAGAGGGGGGGGGAAGAAACCUUUUCAAAGCAGUCAAGCAAAAGUGAUUAUGAUUCCAGCAUUUUUUAAGCUAACCACCUGGAUCUUUGUGCCUUUGGGGUGGGAAUUGGGGGGGGGGGGACACAAGAGGGUAAGUUAAAUAAUAAAGAUUAUUAGGGGUGUAAGGGUCCUGAAGUUAGCCACAGAUUAUUUAAUCUGCAGGGUGGACGAGACUUUUGUUAUUUUUGUAAGCAAUUUUUGUUUCUUCUUUCCAGUGCAGAGUAGAUUUU